GAAGUGCUGUACUUGUAACAAGCACCUUAAUUAUGCGUAGGCUGGAAAGGAAGAAUGCACCGGGUCCACGGUAGCUGCUGCUGUAGAGUGCGAAUGGAAAGAGAGAAGUAUCUAGAACGGGAACUGCAUAAUCAGGACUCCAGGAUGGCACCAACUGUAAAUGUUAUGGAGGGUGGGAGGUGGCGCGGCAAGCUACACAACAGUAGAGUAGCUUGAAGGCGAGGCGAGAGAUGGCGAUGUGCAGUAAAUGAAGGCCGAGGUCUGGGAUAUGGAGUGGGUGCGUUUCACACGUGUCGACUCGGAUACUUCAUAAAUGCUUUCUGUCUCACGGCCUCAAGCAUUUUCUCUCUGAGCUCUCCUGGAGAUGUAUCACGCUGAGUGAUUCAGCGGCAGCAACGCACCAUUCAAAGCCACCAAGGACAGCAGUCAGCUCCUGCAGAAUCGACGUCUCUUCCUCUGGUCGGCUUGCAUCUUCAUGUCUUGCUAUGCUCCGAUGUCAGCACGCAGCAGGCAGGAGGAGAGAGCUCAAGUGUCUCGAUGCACUUUUGAUUGAAGUCCCUAGGCCUGGCUCUCCUUCCUCGAUUCCUCCCUCGGCUCAUUCAUCGCCGGCAUUGCUGUAGAGUUGUAUCGAGCUCGGAUUGUACCGCCAUCCAUCAUCCGUCCGACUAUGAUGACAUUGUGAUACAGUGGGGUCCCCUCCUCCAUCCCUCCAUCGCUCCAUCGCUCCUUCCUCUCUUUCUCUCUCUCCCCUUCUCUCUCUCCCUUCAUUCCUUCGUCACCUGUGAUUGUCGAUGCCCUGCCAGGAUCUCUGAUCUCUGACUCUCUCUGGACCAGGCCCGGUCGUACCUCUCCACCGGACUCGUCUGGCAAUCGAUUUCCGACUGCGAGUGGGUGCAACUUGGCCGGAGAAUCGGGAAUUCGUGCCUGUGCAGCCAAGUCAAGUCACUCUUGCAAGUCUGACACGCGGAAGGCAGCUCGCGAGAGAGUGUGGCAGGCAGAGACGUAGGUAGCAGCAGCAGUCCUUGAACUGCUGUAGCUCUAACUCCCCUCGCCUCUCUCAUAAGUGACAAAAGGACAUAUCCGGCCUCGAGAGCGCGAAGCAGCUGACGAGCUUUCGCUCUUCAUUCAUAUUUCUCGCAGCCUCGAAUCCAGUUUGUUUUUCGAACGACAGAAUCAGCCAAGCCUAGUCAAGCCAAGCCGAGGAAAGGAGCCGAGGACCAGACAAGCCUAGCUGUAGAUGUUGUUGUCGUCGUUGCUGUCGGUCACCAGAGACAAGCUUCUUCAGAAUCGUUCAUAAUUCCUCACGACCAGCACUAUCAGUAUCAGGAACUUUUUGUUUUUGUUUCCAAGCGACCGCAGCAGCAGCAGCAGUCGUGGUGGCCGAGCGGAAGAACUCAGGCCAGGCCAGUUAGGAGCGAGCGCAGCGCAGCUGACAAUGACAGGAAAGGUGGCCGCAAGUGGUGGUGCCGGGCUUCGCAUUGUCGUCGUGGUUUUAGCGCUCUUCGUGUCCCAAGCUCCCACCAGCGUCGAUGCGCAGCUCGACCAGAACUACUACGUGGGCAGCUGUCCCAACGUCGAGAAUUUGGUCAAUCAGUGGCUCGUGGCCAAUGUGUUCACAGAUCCCACAGGCCCCGCUGCCCUCGUUCGUCUCGUCUUCCACGACUGCCAAGUGAAUGGAUGCGAUGGUUCCGUCUUGUUGGACACGCAGCCCGGAGCGGUCAGCGAGCUGGAAUCGGACGCGAACUUCGGAAUCAGAGAUCUUCGGUUCAUCGACAGCAUCAAAGCAGCCGUCGAAAUCGCAUGCCCCGGCGUCGUCUCGUGCACUGAUAUCUUGGCCCUCGCUGCCAGGGACUGCGUUCGGCUCACCGGUGGACCGAACAUCAGAAUCCCUCUCGGGCGCAAGGAUGGCCGCAGCGCCAGCAACCUCGCCGCCGACAGGCAGCUUCCCCCCUCGGACAUCUCGGUGCCCGCCUUCUUGAACGAAUUCGGCCAAAUGGGAAUGACUGCAGACGAGGCCGUCGCCAUCAUCGGUGCACACACGAUCGGAGUGGGACACUGCGUGAACGUGGUGAACAGGCUGUUCCCGCAGCAGGACCCGGCGCUGUCGCCAUUGAUGGCGGGGCAGCUGCUAACGCAGUGCCCGACUCCGAACGCUGCGUUUCUCAACAACAACACCAUCCUCUCGAACGAUUUCACCAACUUCGUGUUCGACAACCAAUACUACCGCGACGUCAUGAACGGCAAUGGGCUCUUCAAAAUCGACUCGCUCAUCGGCCAGAACCCCACCACGGCCGGCAUCGUGGCCCGCUUCGCCGCCAACCAAAACGAUUUCUUCGGCGUCUUCUCUCGAGCCUUCGUGAAGAUGACGUCGUUCCGAGUGCUGACAGGAGCGCAAGGCGAGGUUCGGCGCAACUGCCAUCGAUUGAACUAGCCCCCGCUCUCGAUCGAUCGACUGAUCGAUGGAAGGAAUGGCCUCGUGUAUCUCUGUAACAUUACUCUUGUUAUUAGCGAAACAAUAAUAAUCGUCGGCCCCGACUGUCACCACGAGCAACUCUGGACAGUCAGUCUCACCUCGUAGCAGUGUUUAUUCGUUCCUGUGUCGAUUCUGGAAUCGUAGAUAGAUCUGCUGCUGUCUGACGACCAAUGUCUAUAUCUUUGGGCGCAUUGAUCUAGUGAAACCGAUACUACUUUUAUUUAGCUGUGGGUGAAAGGGGUCAGCAGCAGCCCCCAUCGUUGCCUUGCCUCAGUUGCUGGCGAUGAAACUCGAUAGCUCGAGCAAGCACCUGGAUCAUGGCGAUCCCGCCAGUCAGUCAGUCAGUCAAUCAGUCAUCAAUUGCGGUUCAAUCUCACAGAGGUUGUAUAUCCGGGAAGAUCAGUUUGUGCAGUGCACACAGUACGAAGCUAGGAACGAGAGCUAGCUUCCCUUCUGAAUCAUCAUCCAUUACAGUCGACCAUUUACUGGUCGUGAUAUCUUUGGGUGUUGAUUCCAGAGCUCAUACUCGUAAAUGUAGCCGCGUUUUGUUCGAUUGUUACAAGUUCAAUACUAUCAUUGAUUUACAUGCC